AAUGGCUGGCAGGCCGGCCGUUUCAGCAUCAAGCAGGUUGCUGGAGAUGAUGAGAAAAUGGUAUUACAAUGCUGCAGGAUUCAAUAAACUGGGAUUACUGCGAGAUGAUACAAGAUACGAGGAUGAAGACGUAAAGGAAGCCAUAAGAAGGCUUCCUGAGAACGUUUAUAAUGACAGGAUGUUUCGCAUUAAGAGGGCACUGGACCUGUCCAUGAAGCAUCAGAUCCUGCCUAAAGAACAGUGGACCAAAUAUGAAGAGGAAAAUUACUACCUUGAACCGUAUCUGAAAGAGGUUAUUCGGGAAAGAAAAGAAAGACAAGAAUGGGAAAAGAAGUAAUCGUAGUUGAAGUCUGUGGAUGCAGCUGCUAUGAAGAUGGUUAAACUUGAAACAAACAAUUUAAGAAUUAUUUGGUCUGCAGUUGUUUUACUUUAAAUAAAUGUCUAUUGUAAUCUCUGGAAAAAAAAAAAAAAA